AUGUCAUCCUGGUUCCACCGCCUAAACACCUCGGUGCCACCGUCAACCGCCCAGCCUCACACCUCACCCCUGACGCCCCGGACCGUCGCGCGCAAAUCCCGCGACCCGAACAGCACCGACUACCGCUUCAACGUCAAUCAGAAAUGUAUUUACGAGCGAAGGCUGCCGGGCGGGAGCUACAUCACCGCUCACAUCCAGCGCUUGCAGUCCGGCUUCUAUGACUCUCCCAUGGUCUCCGAAGACUUGAUCGAAAACGUGCGCUUCGUGGCCAUCAAUUUUGUCUUCCACCCAUCCAAGUCUCAUUUCCGUUUUAAAUCCGCCGAGAUCAGCGUCGCCCUGCACCGUGCCGAUGAGGACUCCUCCACCGGUGCCAACCGCCCAUUGAGCAAACUCGCUCACAGCGUCAGCAGCCAGACCGACGCCCGCGACUUCGGCACGCAGACACGACACACCGACCCGGUCGCCAACCCCAGCACGGCUCUCAUCCGCUCCUCUGACGCCCUCCCUCCGGACCGCAUGCGUUCGCUGCGCGACUCACCGCCACGCUUCCUUCGACACGCGCCGCACCUGCUCUUCGGCGCCAUUUCGCCCGAGACGCUGACCUGGAACUUCAAUCUGGCAGGCUCACUAGGCGUCUCUCAGGGGCCUGCGAACGCCACGCUUUCCCCCUCGGGUGGCAUCAACGGCUCGUACAAACUGUUCGAGAUGAUGAGGAUUCAGGGAUCCAUGCGCGGCCUGCACUCCUGGUUCGGCCGGCAGUAUGACCUCGAGGACGCCGAGAUCAUGUGGACGCUGGAGGAGAACCGUCUGCAAAAGUCGGGCCUGCCCCGUGAGUUCACGUUCGUCGUGUUGUUGACCAAGGGCUCGGGCGGCUACGAGGGCCUGGAGGAUGUGAGACUCGACCUGGAUAUCAAGCCCGUGGUUGCGGGCUUCAUGGGUCUGAGCAAUGCCGAGUUCCCACCGGCCAUCGUGAACCGCAUGAUGAGCUACAAGCCGGUCCACAAGGAACUGUUGGACCUGGAUGUCCAAGUUGGCCAAAAAUUUCAGCCGGCGGAAAGGGGGAGGGGGUUCAACUUUGCGGAUCUGGCGCAGGAUUUCGAUGAUUUCGUCUGGCUGCCGGGCACGACGUGGAGCACGAGUGAACAUGGCGAGAGGGGCGGUACGGGAGGAGAGGACAAGGAAGGUGACGACAACGGCAAGGCUCAGAAGAAGGCCAAGGGCGAAAGCAAGAGUGACAACAAGAAAGACACCAAUGCGUUCCAACAUCCCUUACUCGCAGCUGGCGAAAACACAAUCAAUCUCCGUGUCUUCCUCGACUCCAAUGCCUCGCGUGCCGGUGGCAGCCCUAUCAAUUUGCCAGUUCCCAUCACCGCCGCUCCCUCCGCCUUUUCUCUCCACCCGCAACUCCAUCCGCAGCAUCACCACCAUCACCAUCCUCAGCCACCAUAUCCACACUCGCGUGGUCCCUCCCCACUACACGCCACGCCCGUGGCCCCCUCCACAAUCUCUAUCUCCGGGUCCCAGCGCUCCUCCCGACAUUCGCAUCUCUCCAAAGCCAACUCCACCUCCAAACGCCGCUCCAUCACCAUCAGCUCUUCUACACAGCCCAGCAACCCAUCACGCAACGCAUCCUUACGCCAAAGCGCAGAUCGACAAGCAGACGUCACCCCAGGCGGCGCGAAGCGUCACAUCGAGGACGCCGCAACAAGCCCCACCCAUACCACCACCAACCACCGCUCUCGUGCAUCCCGCUCCCCGACUCUCCGCCGCCGCACAUCCCGCUCCUCCCUCGACAAGGAAUACCACUCCUCCCCACCCGCCGCCUCGCCCGACGCACGUACCCGUGCCCGCCCAUACAUGAUUCACGACGAAGUCACACGCCCCGGCUCGUGGUACCACAACGAUGAUGUCGACCGUGUGUACAAUCAGCGGCACGAUCAUCUGCAUGAGUAUCACCAAGAGCAGAAAGGCGAAGAAGAGCAGCAACCUCGACGCGCCCCAAUUCCACCACCGCUGCGCACCGUCGAUUCUAGCGCCAGCCAGGCGACCGUGGUGCGGUACGUGACGAAGCCGGAGCUGCUAUCGGACUCGCUUGGCGCGACGCACAAGCGGGAUCAGGACGUAGACGAGUGGGGAGUGGUGCAAAGAACGCCCAGCCAGCGCAGCCGGCGCAGCCAACGUAGUGAGGGUAGGGUCACGGUGCGGCAGAGCAAUGUCAGCCAGACACCGUACCCUUUUAGCCCGGCGGGCGCCGCUAGUGGUGGCGAAUUAGUCGGGAGUGGAGAUGGGGAUGCGAGCGGCACUGUCAAGAGUACGGGGACGAAUGGGAACGCCAAAGCAAUGAAUACUUUUAGCAAUGAACAUCAGAAACAGCAGCAAGAAGACGCCAGUGACGGGGUGGAACUGUCGGUGCCCAAGCUGGAAGUACCCCGCAAGAGCAGCAAGCGCGCCAGCGUCAACGGCAGUGGUGGCGUUUCGCGGUAUGUCGUUGACUCUCGGGCGUCGAUGAACGGUGCAGACAGUGACACCGUGAGGACCGAUGGCAGUAGGGAUGGAGAGCAGUGGUAUCAGCAACAGCAGCACCAGCACCAGCAACAGUAUCGACAAGCAGAUACGCAACUGCCCGCCGCCAGGAACAGCGUGAGUUUCAACCACGAGUUGAAGGGCGAUGCUGUGGGGUGGGAGGUCGCUUUUGGUGGUGAUGAUGGUGAUGGUGAUGGUGAUGGUGAUGGUGAUGGAAGAGGAAGAGGAGGAGAAGCGUCAACAGUAGAGUCAAGGAGAGGUCAGUCGGGGAAUGGCGAUGGAGGAAUUGGCGAUGGAGCAGCAUCAGCAGGAGAGUUAUCAAAGGGGAAGGAGGAGGGUCAGGAUCCGGGCGAAAGCGAGAUUCCGUAUAAAGAGGCGGGAUUCGCAAGUAGUGGGAGUGGGAGCGGCGUGUUUCAUGACGCGGCGGAGUCUUUGGAUGGGACAGAAACGGAGCGGGAAGAGGAGGAUGAUGAUGAUGGCAGGGGUGGUGAUGGGGGUGGGGGGAGGGACAGGAACAGGAAUAGGGUGCCGGAGGGGGAAUAUGACCAGAGUAAUGUCAUCUAG